CCUAUUAACGAAAGAAGAAGAGAUUUAAGGAGCGUGGCGUUGCGAACUCGAGGGUUGUACUCAUCCGGAAGCCAGAACAAAUCCUUUAGUUCUACCCACCUAACCGUGCUGUGGAAAGAAUGUCAUCGUUUGGCCGAGUUUUGUGCAUCAUCACCGGGGCCUCCAAAGGUUUUGGCCGGGCUAUUGCAACGGACAUGGCCCGGCAUGUGAAGCCCAAGUCGAUGUUCAUCCUGGUAGCCCGAUCCGAAGACGAGCUUCGGAAUCUUCAGUCAGACCUGGCCAGGUCGGGCAUGGAGGCCCGCUCCGUGGUGUUGGAUCUAUCCCGGAAGGGAUCACCUGAGAUGGUCGUGCGGAUCGCGAAAGACGCCUGUCCGCCGGAUAUAGAACAUGUUAUUCUCUUUAAUAACGCUGGAACGCUAGGGGACGUGUCCCGUUUAACCAGAACCUUCACCAGCAUGGCCGAGGUGGACUCUUACCUCUCUUUCAACGUCAGCUCCGCUUUCUGCCUUACUGCCGGCGUGCUGCAGGCCUUUCCGAGGUCGUCGGGCGUGCGCCGCUGCGUGGUCAACGUCUCCUCGCUUUGUGCCCUGAAGCCAUUCCCUACAUGGGGGCUGUACUGUACUGGCAAGGCGGCUCGUGAUAUGAUGUUUAAGGUUCUGGCAGAAGAAGAGCCAGAUGUCCGUGUGCUCAACUAUGCUCCAGGUCCUUUGAACACGGACAUGCAGGAAACAAUCAGGACCAAAACGGGGGAUCCGCAAUUAAGGCAGCAGUUUCUUGACAUGUUUGAGGAAGGCGAGCUACUCUCAGUUGAGAGAUCCUGUGCGAAACUGAUGAAGCUGCUGAAGGAAGACAAAUACAAAUCAGGAGAGCACAUUGACUACUAUGAUGUGUAGUACAGUAUAGUACAUACGUACAGCAGGGCACACGUCUAGUAACCGAGUGUGGUCCUGGAAUUUUCAUAAGCGUUACUUAUUACACUUAUAUCAAAAGUUGAAGUUUUAUUAUUAUUUGAAAUCAAAGUAAUGCUGCAGUAUAGAUGAAGAUAUAUUUUUUUCAAACACUUAAUUAAGGCCGCAGCUAUCGCUUAUUUUAGUAGUCGAUUAAUCUAGCAACUGGUUAGUUUUAAUAAUGGAGUCAUUGGAUUAGGAAUUUUUAAUGCGUUGCAGAAUCAACUUUUGGAAAUGUAAAAGGCUUGCUAACACUGCACUUUCAAAAGCGCGUUAAAUGCGAAUACAAAAUUCCCAAGUGUUUCUUCAAACUAUGAAGAAUUGCGCUUUCCUUUAGAAAUAAAAUACAUGAGAUUAGCCUCAAACGGUAUAAAAAAAAUGCAGCAAGGCCGAGAACCAAAAGUGGUAUUUGCCAGGUGGCAAAAUGGAUGGAUUUUGCCAUGUGGUAUUUUUUUGCCAUGUGGCAUUUUUUUCUUUGCCAUGUGGCAAAAGGGAUUUUGAAAUAUGGCAUUUUUUUGGGAUGUGGCAAAAUAGAUUUUGCCAUGUGGCAUUUUUUUCUUUGCCAUGUGGCAAAAGGGAUUUUGAAAUGUGGCAAAAUGGAUUUUACUAUGUGGAAUUUUUUUGCCAUGUGACAAAAGGGAUUUUGAAAUGUGGCAUUUUUUUGGUAUGUGGCAGAAUGGAUUUUGCCAUUAAUUCAUUCCUUUUCCAUGCCGCUUUUGCCAUGUGGCAUUUUUUUUUUUGCCCUGUGGCAAAAGGGAUUUUGAAAUGUGGCAUUUUUGGUAUGUGGCAAAAUGGAUUUUACUAUGUGGAAUUUUUUUGCCAUGUGGCAAAAUGAAUUUUGCCAUGUGGCAUUUUUUCUUUGCCAUGUGGCAAAAGGGAUUUUGAAAUGUGGCAAUUUUUUGGUAUGUGGCAAAUUGGAUUUUGGUUUGUGGCAUUUUUUCGCCAUGUGGCAAAAUGGAUUUUGCCAUGUUGCCAAAUGGAAAGUUUGGACAUGCAUAGUCGUUAAUGGCAUAGCCUGACUUGGGUGUCCGUUCAAUGUCAGUGCGCUGUAAUGGUAAGUGUAUGGUCAAAAAUCACAGCCACACAUGUUUUUCUGCCAUUUAAAAUGAAUGGAAAAUUUUGGACGUGCAUAGCUGUUAAUGGCAUGGACAUGCAUGGCCUGCAAAACUGCCAUAUACCCCCAAAAAUGCCAUAAAUACCCCCCAAAAACUUCCACAAACCAAAAUUUUUAUUGCCACAUACCAAAAAAAAAAAAAAGCCAUUUGCCACAUGCCAAAAAAAGCCACUGGCAAAUACCACUUUUGGUUCUUGCUGUCUCUCAAAAAAUGAGGAUCUAAGUACUGUACAACAAAAGAACAAUUGGCUAACUUGCAUAGCAAACGUGCGCUAGCUGAAAUGCUAUAAAAUGCUACCUUUAAAAAUUUUUUUUUUUUAAUUUUUUUUUUUUUUUUACAAUUAACAAAUCGUUCAAACACAUAUUCCCACAAAAACAGCUUAAUAUACAUAUAAACUAAAUUACGAAUGUAUUAAAAAAAUUUAUAAGCGCAAACAAAAACAUAGCUUAUGUUGGUCUUAACAGAGGGCAGCUGGAUUCAGCCAUGUUAAAUGAAUUAUAUUCUUUGUUGCCACUAGUGGGCAGUGUAUUCAGCCAAAUCAACAAAUGUAAAUGCAAAC